AUAUGUUAUAGCGCUUUCGAUCCGACUAAAAAGAAGAAGCUUAAAAAUUGUUAAAAUAUAUUUCUAUGUGCUACGUCCGUUUGUGUUUUAUAUUGUUUACUGACCUGAUAAGACGAUAAUACGCCGCAAUGGAUGAAUAAUGCGCAGCAAAUUGGGGAAGUGUACACAAAACGCGGCCUAAACGGAUGGUGAAUGUUCACUGUGUCGUUCAAAUGGGAAAAGGAAGCAGACAAUGAAAGCCAUUUUAGAGGGUCCGAGACAACGGCGAAGAAAGGAGAAAGAAAGGCCGACCGCUGUGAUAAUACCCGAUGCUCCAAAACAAAUUAGCAUAAUCAAGGCGCCUGCCCAAUGGCUGACCAUUGAGAGAUACAUACAUCUAUUGAGAAAAAAACGCACUUUUGUGCCGCGAUCAUUAACGCGAUCAAAUGCAAAUGAGGCGACAUCAGUCAAGCGGCCGAAAGCGAAAUGUGCAGCAGCAUCAUCAGCUCGAUAAGUUUGGACUAGCGAUUGCAUAAUAGAGCUAACAUCAAACAACAAACGACCUCAUUUCGGAAAUCGCAAAACCCCGAACACACCGAAGAUAGACCCAAAGUUUUGCAUGACGUAUACGCAACGUGGGCCGCAAUAAUGGAUCUAAUGGAGCUGCUGCAUCAGCUGUUCCUUCACAUACUUGACAUUUUUAAGAUCUACAUCAAGUUUGCACUGAUCACGCUGGUCAUCUAUUUCCUGGCCGAGUGGUACAUACUGCGAUAUGGAGCAGAAUUGGAGGCCGAACUGGACGCCCAUCUGGUGGAAGGUGCCGAACUCAGGGAGGAAUCCCCCGAGCGACCUGAAUCGAAUAGCACGCUGAGCAAGGUGUUUCGCUUCGUGGUGAACUUUUUCAUCCUCUAAGCGACUGGAUUGAAGCCACUUGUCAAGGUCAAUCGCAAAGCUGAACAGUUGAAUCGGUUGCUUUUUCGCGGAAUUGCAAUUCAAUUCAGGCAGCCACAACUCAAGGCUCCCGUCAAGAGAAUGUAAAAUCGAACCAGUUGCAUUUAACAACAGAAAAUACAAAACAAAAAU